GCCCAGCCUUAGAGCGGCGCCUGCUCUGAGCACCUCUCUUGAGCUCCACCUGUGGCCUCCUCCCUUGGGCAGCCACCGGCUGCCCUUAGGCGAAGAAGAGCAAAGGUACCUCUUCGGGCUUUCGCUGGCAGAGGCCGUCCGGGCGCUAUGACCGCCGGGGCCAAGGUAGGGGGCACUCCGAGAGGCCGCGGGUUCCGGCAGGGGCGCGCAGAAGACAAGACCGCCAUCCUCGAGGAGGAGGAGGAGGAGGAGGAAGAAGGGAAGCAGGCGCUAAAGGGCCACCCUGCCGAGAAAGGCUCCGGCUGCUCUUCCAAGCAAGUCGCGUUUGCCGUUCUCCCAGACAAGUACGAGCCUCUCGGCACAGACGGGGAGCAGCGAGCAGAGCGCAAAGGCGGAAAGCGCAGGAGGAAGCUCAGGAAAUACGGCAAGAAUGUGGGCAAAGUGCUGCAGAAAGGAUGCCGUUAUGUGGUGCUUGGCCUGCAAGGCCUAGCCAACGCCUACUCUUCGCCCAUUGGUGUGGCUGUUUCGGUAGUGACGCUGUUUCGGUAGGCCGGCAGUCUACUCCUUUCAAGAUGGAAGAAGAAAGAAGCCAUCACCAAGGUGCAUGCCACCUUCUCCUUUGAUGCCUUCAGAAUAAGAAAUGGAUUAAACCAGGACAUUUGGAGGGCUUGAUUUAAACCAGUUCCUUACAUUUGUCAGAAAUCAUUUAGUUAAUAUUAGAUCAAAGAAUGAGUCAGACCAAGGGAACAACCUUUUGAUUAGCUUGAGUCAGAUCUUGUCCUUUUAAAAGAGAGUCAGAACACUCUUUUGUAAAAGUCUUGGAUUACAGAGGGAGGGAGGGAGAGAGGGAGAGAGAGAGAGAUUGUUAAAAGAAAGCAGAAAAGAGAGGGGGGAAUUCUCCUUCUUGCUCCAUGAUGAUCUAGUUUUCUAGUCUUCUGGGAAAGCUGCACCUGUGGUGUCUGUGUACUAUUGGUAUAGAGGGAACAUGGACAGAAUUGGCCCAGCUCAAAAGAGACUGGAGAAAAGGAAUUGCUUUAGCAGGGGGGGUGGGGCGGGAAAGGCAAGGCAGCAGCUUAGGAACAUCUACUGUGUGAGUCUGAGAGUCGAAUUACCUUGCAGUCUGGUUCUCAGUAUGAGGUAGGUCUCCUUAGUAGUAUUGCCAGGUUGACACUUGGAGAGACCUAGAUCUUUAGGGAGUUCACAGAAAGGAAACUUUUCCAGGUGCACCUUCUCCUCACACAACCAUCAAUAUUUUGUUAAAAACCACGCUGGUGAAAUUCUCUAUUACUCCCAAUGAUAAAAUAACUUUGAAGAAGACCUCACAGAACAUUGUCUUGGAAAAUCUCUAGAGAGGCCAAAGGGCAGCUACUGAGGAAGCUGAAUAUCUGAACACAUGAAACUGCCUCAUAGUGAAUCAUACCAUUGGUCUAUCAAGGUCAAUAUUGUCUACUCUGACAAACAGUGGCUCUUCAGGGUCUCAUGCUGAAGAUGUCUUUCACAUCACCUACUAACUUGAUACUUGUAACUGGAGAUGCCAUGGAUUGAACCUGGGACCUUCUGCAUGCAAAGCAGAUUGAGCCAUUGCCCCUUUUUUUGGCCCCUUCCAAUAUGCCUUGACCAGACUGGCAGUUCAAGUGCCUUGGCUGUAAACCAGUACCAUGUAGGAAGCAAGGUGCCCUACAUCUUAAAAUAGUAGAUUGGGUAGGAUUUAGUGUCAAGCUCAUUGACAAAGGGCAAGAUUAGAUAUGCAUGAAAUUAUAAAAUGGCAUCUAGCAUAGUACAGCCCUUUCUAUGACCAUGGUAAUCCUUUCAGAAUGGCGGGGAGUGGGAUUGUAGCAGCAAGUUUGGCUACCAUGCGAUGCACAUUCAUUGGAAUUUGUGCAUAGAGUAUCUACAUUUGCAUAGUCUGAUGAAGGUAGCUUUGACUCUCAAAAGCUCACACCCUGAAAAUCUUGUUGGUCUCUAAGAUGCUACUGGAUUCAAAUCUAAUUGCAUGGAUUCUGUACACAUAGAGCUCUCUCCAUGUGUUCAGAAACAUUAUCCCAAGCAGAGACCAAGUGGGGCACAGCAGAAAGAGCCUGUAGACAAGAACAAAUAUAUUAAGAUGUUUCAAGCCAUAUGAACUAUAUGUUUAGAUGCUUCAGCAAAUCAUGAUAUGAGAACCAGUAAAAAGCAUAACACCAUGGUUUUUCUUCUUAAUUUUUAUGUGUUUAUGUUCCCUAAGAAAAAUUUUGUGAAUGUGGGAUAUUGAGUAGCAGUAUAGAAAUUUCAAUAGAGUUGUCUGUGUAUGUAGGACUGAGAAGUCUGCUUACAGUGUAUAAUCAAGCUGUCUCUGUGCCAGUGCCUAGGCACCAAAAAUAAGAUGUCACAAGCACAUCUCACUGUGCAAUAUAGUGUGCACUAUGCUAAAUUUCUGGGGCUAACAGUCUUGAUGCUGAUGAAAGGAGAGAUACCAUAUGCGAUGUAGAUAGCAGUUGAGCCAAAAUUUUGCAUUCUCAAAUCAUAGCUGAUAAGUACUUUUUGAUACAUUUUCAGUCUUGAAAUAUCUAUGUGAGAACACAUGUUUAUUUUGAAACAAAAUACCAUAGGGCUGGGUUUUGACCUAUUGUUAACAAAUUUGUCUAUUAAGAAGAAAGACUUGUAUUCCAAGAAAAAUAAAAUGUUAAGUAGAUCUAACUAGA